UACUAUGGCAAGAUUAACUUUGACAACUGUUUCUAAUCAUUUUAUAGAAAACCAUUAUAGAUUAUAAUAAUGCGUUUUAUUUAUUUAAUUUUGUGUUCAUUUUACUUUGUUAAUAUGCUUUGUAAAGACAAUAAUACUGACAGAUACUUACAGUAUUGUUCUCACCCCGACUGUUCUUUGAAGAAUCAGCAUACCAUGUGUGUCGCUUUCAAUAAGCAGAGCCCGAGACUUUAUGCGUCCGGUAUGACUAAUUGGAUGAGAUAUCAGAUUUUGCUUUUACACAACCGUCAUAGAGACAACAUCGCUAUGGGCUUGGAAGCUGGUCAACCACCCGCCACCAACAUGAGGAAGAUGUAUUGGGAUUACGAACUCGAAGAGAUGGCGGAACUGUGGGCGCGUCAAUGUCAGAAACGUCACGACGAAUGCAGGAAUACUAUUAGGAGAGCAACACCGUCAGAAGACUUGACAAACACAUCGACGCGAGUCACCGGCGAGAACAUUUUAAGGAGGACCAGGUACAUGACGACGGCAACGUUUCCGAAGUUUAAAGAUUUCGCGACUACGGUGAGAGUGAAGACGAAGGAAUCGCCGCUGCAUCGAGGUAUUUUGGAGAUGACGAACGUACGUAAAGCAAAUGAUGAACCGAAAAUCGUCGCAUUCACGUUCUGUAACUACGGCCCGGCCGGGAACAUCGAUGGGUACCCGAUUUACGAAGCCGGUCUGUCAUGCAGUAACUGCCCACAGGGGACGCGAUGCGGGGAUCGGACUCACAGGGCUUUGUGCUCGAUCAUUGGAGACCCGGACCUUCGGAAUUGAAUUAUAUUGUUAAAAAAUAAAUAAAUAUAUUUAAUAAAUUAUAUAA